AUGCACUUCCAGUCGCGUUUAUCCACAGCUACUGUCCAUGAACUUCUCUUCGCCGACGACUGCGCCCUAAACACCUCCUCGGAAAGGAACAUGCGAAAGAGCAUGGACUUCUUCACCGCCGCCUGGCACAACUUCGGCCUGGUCAUCAACACGGUGAAGACGGUGUUUAUGCAUCAACUGUCCCCCGACGCUGCCUACGUAGCACCCCAAGUCAACGAGAACAGCACCCAGAUGCAAGUCGUAGACAACUUCGCCUACCUGAACGGCACCCCUCUCACAUUAUCGAGAUCGAAAAUGAAGUGGUUUGCCGGAUUUCCAAAGCCAGCUAAGCCCUCGGUCGUUUGCAAAACAAAGUUUGGUAUCGACGCGGUCUCCACUCAGCACUAA